AUGGCCCAAAAUCUUGCUGUCUGCGAAUUUUGUGAUUUAUCUAUUAAAACAACUGCAUGGAAGUGCAUAAACUGUGAUUUAAUUCUGUGUGAAAAUUGUAAGACAAAAAGACAUUCUAAAAUCAAAGGAUCUGAGGAGCAUAGUGUUAUUAUGUUAAAACAGAUGGGAACAUUGGAAGCAAAAGAUAGUGUUCGAAAGUUAGAACUAGCAAAUAUCAUAUGCUCUUCGCAUAAAGAAGAGAAAUGUACUGCAUAUUGUAAAAGUUGUUCCAAGAAAUUGUGUACUUUUUGUGCUGUUGAAGAAAACCACAUUGGUCAUCAAAUUUUGAAUUUUGAGACUUUUUAUAAAGAAAAAGUAUCUGAACUUACCAGUUUGAAUAAUAAAAUGAAAGAGGAUUUACCGUUUUUUAUUAAAAACAUGAACAAAAUGGAAAAAAUUUGUCAGGAAGGAAAUGACAAUUAUAACAAAGCAAAGCAGCAAAUAAUUCAACGAGAGAAAGAUAUUAAAGAAAAAGCUACCCAGGACGCAGAAGUGCUCUCUCGUGAACUUGAUAUUUUGUUGAAACCUCAGAAUGAAACUUUCAACCAAACAAAGGAAACUUUACAGAAAAAUGUUGAUUACUUGGAGGAGACAACAGCCAUAAUAGAUAAAAUGCUCCUCUCAAAUGAUGUUAAACAAGUCCUCGACACAUCGUUUUUGAUAGAAAAAGAAUUGCCUUCAAAGAAUAUUAAAGCUUUAGAUGUGUCUCUAAAAUCUCCGGUUGACUUGAUUGCUCCAGUGAUAUCUAUUAGAUUUGGAUCAUUGGUAAUGCCAAGACUAGCUAUUUUACAAAGUGUUCAGACUCCAUUGCAAAGACUCAAAUGCUUGGAAAGCUUUCAUGAUGGAACAUACAUAUCAAUAUUAAGUCCUCCUAGUAUAAGAGAUACACAUACGUCUUUACAGUACUUUGAAAUAAAGGGCUCAAACUAUGUCGAAAUAUGUAAAAGUGAUUUGGAAUUCAAAGCUUUUGGCAUGGAAAUUACUGAGAACAAUACAAUUUUACUUUUAUGUAUUGAUGAAAUAUUGUCUCGAUUUGAAAGUAAUGAAAUGGUGACCUUUUUCAAAUAUUCAACCGGAAGAACGAGAAAGAAAUUUACAAGUAUUUGUACACUUGCUAAAGGAACAGUACUACUAGGGUAUUCUAAUAAAGCAACCUACAUGCCUAAAUAUAAUGGUGUCGUAUUGCUUAAGGAUACAGGCGAAUCAACGAGGAGUUUUCAAUUUAACUCAAAUUACUGGGCCGACAAGAUUGCAGCAAGUAAACAUGGUACAUAUAUUAUAUCACAUCAAAGUUACAGAAAAACAGUUAAAAGACUAAGCUCCACCUUUCAAUCAACGUGGACUUACACUGGACAUAGCAGUUUUAUCUCAAGCAUCGAAUUUAAACCAAUUGACAUUGCAGUUUCUGCUUCAGGACUUAUUUAUGUGACAGAUGCUAGCACAAGUUCUAUUCAUGUUCUUACAUCAGACGGUGACUUUGUUGCAAACUAUGGUAAAGAACAUGGUAUUAUUGAUCCUGAAGUUCUCCAUAUUAAUAAAGAAGGGCAAUUGGUUAUAUGGUGUAAAGAUGGCACAAUACAUGUGGCUGAUAUAUCCUCAUAA